AUGAUAAAAACAACCUUUGAAUCUUCUACAAUAGUUAUAGAUGCUCCUAUUACAGACCAUUGCGCUGUAUUAGGCUCAAUUACUAUCAAAACCAGUACAAAACAGUCUAAAAACUUCAUUAUAAAUAAAAUUAACUACGAUGCUAUUGUGAAUGAAUUACUGUCAAAAAACUUCAAGGAUAUUAUUAAUCUCCAAAACCCAAAUUGUACCGCAAAAGCUUUUGUUGAUAUUAUUCAAACUUCAAUAUUAAACAAUUCUCUUAAAAUAAUAACACCUAGAAGAAUACGCUGUAUAAAGCCUUGGAUAACUCCUGGUCUGGUUAGGUGUAUGAAGAAUCGGGAUCUAAUGCACAUAAAAAGCAAAAAAGAAACCAAUAAUAUUGUUCUAAAAAUUACGUAUACGAGGUAUAAAAACUAUUGCAAUGAUUUGCUAAAACGCCUUAAGCGAAAUUAUGAGAAAAGCCAAUUAAGCAAACAUGUUAAAAAUCCUAAACUAAAAUGGAAGAUAAUAGACAGCAUAACUAACAGAAAUAACAAAAAAGAAUCACCCAUAGACCUACUCAAAACGGGAACUACACCACAAAACGCUCUUAAUAAAGCCAAUUCCUAUUUUACUAGUAUUGGUAAAGAACUAGCUGAAAAAAUUAUAGCUCAAAAGUUGCACAAUACUGAUAAUCCUGAACGUACCCAAAAUCCAGUAAAUCCGAUGGCCAUGCUAGAAACCUCCGAAGAGGAAGUUGAAGCGAUCCUAAUGAAUUUAAAUUCAGACAGUGCCACAGGAUGGGAUGAUAUCCCUACAAAGCUUCUGUAA